UUUAUUUACUUUGCUAGUUCCAAUGAGAGAAUUUCAAAAAACUUCAUUUUUUUUAUUUAUAUAUUAUAUGCAAAGACAUUUUGGAAAAAGGUAUUUUUUUUCUGCGCUAUUCCUUCUAUGCUAUUAACAGCUUAUGGAGCGAAAAAAAUCCAUGAUAAAGAAGGUCAUUUUGACCAAAGUAAAUAUGUUGAAUAUCCAUAUUUGAACGUUCGUAAUAAGCCAUUUCCUUGGGGUGAUGGUAAUCAUUCGCUUUUUCACAAUAAAAAAACGCAGUUUACUCCAGGCAUCGGUUUCGAAGAAAAGGACCAUUAG